AGCCAAAGUACAACAAUGCCAGUGCUCUAGCCAGCCUCAGUACAGGAAACAAACAUGGUCUAAAUGGGAGUACCAGCUAAAUCCUUUUCUUUCACUUGAAGAGACCAACUGUACCAUCAUGGAUUCAAACAAUAUGCACAGUCCUGUGUUCCUGGUGCUUCCUCCAGAAGUUACCAGUCAAGAAUACCAAGCAACAGGACUUACAGCCACAGCCUAUGACUCCCAAAAACGAGUGCAGAAAAUCCUUAUUAGAAAAUUGAAGAUUUUAGGGACCGCCCAGAUCCUGUUUGGAAUCAUGAACUUUUCGUUCGGAGUUGUUUUCCUUUUCACCUUGGUAAACCCAUACCCAAGGUUUCCUUUUAUAUUUAUCUCAGGAUAUCCAUUUUGGGGCUCUGCUUUGUUCAUUAACUCUGGAGCCUUUCUGAUUGCACUGAAGAGAAAAACUACGAACACUCUGAUAAAAAUGAGCCAGGUGAUGAAUUUACUUAGUGCCCUGGGAGCAGCAGCUGGAAUCAUUCUCCUCAUAUUUGGUUUCCUUCUAGAUGAAGAAUUCAUCUGUGGCUAUUCUCCAGAUGCUAUUCAAUGUGGUCCUAUUACUGUUCUAUUCCUUGGGAUUUUGGUUAUGUUGAUGAUCUUCAGCAUUGCUGAACUGCUUAUUUCCCUCUUUUCCUCAUUUUUGGGAUACACCAAAAAUUAAUUUGCAGAAGGCUGCUGUUGAAUAGCACUGUGCAAGUAAAGAUGCAAUGUGAGACAGCUUAGAGGCCAGUACUGCGUGUGAUAAAGAGCCAACACAAAUACAUAUUUAAAGUUUGUAAUUAUUUGAAGCAAAGGGGGCUGGGAGCGACUCAAGGGGGAUCAUUUUGGCCGAUGAAACCCAUCCUGCAUCCCGGCAAUGCCACUUCCUCUCCCAACAGAAUGAUUCCCUCAGUGUAAUCACCCUUCUUGUUCUUUGUGGCAUGGCCGCUCUAUAAGUAAAGAGAGGAACCAAAGCUCAAACUCAGGUGACCACAUCAUCUGACUGGAAGUCUACACAUGACAGUUUCCUGAUGAGUCCCCUAAGAGAUGCCACACAAGGGCUCCCGCUCCAUGAAGCAAGAAGAUGAACUGAAAGGAAGAAUAGGUCGGUCAGAAACUUUUACCUUGAAGCCACAAGACUGUCAAUUGUUAUUAGCCAGCUACAAGAGUAGCUACAGCAUGCAGUUCGGUUCCCACUAUCCACACUGGACAGAGCACAGCUGCCUGUAACUCCAGUUCAGAGGUCUCUUACACCCUCUUCAGGCUCCCAUGGCAUCUGCAAGCAUGUGGUGCACAUGCACUCAGGCAGGCACACACACAUAUACAAAUAAAUAAAAUAUAAAAUGUU